GUCCUAGUACAUGAUUGGUUGAUGCUCCUGGACAACUGCUCAACUGGCAAAUAAGAGCCCAGCAGUCUCAAUCAUCACCCAAUCACAAGACGACUUGGAAAUGCGUCACUCAAUGUUUUCUUCCUCGCAGCAGAUGCGUCCUAUGUUUUUCCUCGACGCAGAGAGCAGCAAAAAUGUCCAGAAUUUACUCGUUAUAAGAUUUUGUAUAUAUGGUUAUAACUUCAUAACUAAUCCCUAAAUUUGGAGAGGAAACUUUGACCAACACUUCAGUCUGUCCUGGACCAGGACCUCAACUUGGACUGAAAAGUUGUCUAAAGUUUCCUCUCCAAACUGUGCAUUGGAAAUUGUUCCAGCCAUCGUAUUGUUUUUUGUUCUCCAUUACACUAAUGGCUUCUGUGAGUGAUGAUGACAGGGCGCUGGUGCAGAAGAAAGACACCGAUGUCUCUGUGACCUUGCCAUUUCCUGAGCUACUACCUGUUGGAAGAGUUAAUUACUCAUUACCUGCUAUGAGUUUUUUGGGUGAUGAAAAUGAGAGUAGUCAUGAGACUUUACCAGUUAAGGAGCCUGAUAAAGCUCCAGUGAAAGCUUUAGAAGAGAAAAAGAGAGAGAAUUUAGACAUGUGUGAAGACUGCUUGCGGCGGCAAAGUGAACAUCACUUGUCAAGUAGUGAUCGUCGAUCAUCACAUGGCAUGAAGUACCCACCAUUUUUGGAAUAUUCACUGGCUAAUUUACACCUUUCUCCAGGAAAAAAGAAACCUCUGCUCAGGAAAAGUAAGCUGGCAGUUUUGGGUGCUAAAUAUAGUUCAGAGUUGCGUAGUGGAAGCUACACUGGGAUUAUAUUUGAUUUAGUAAAUGCAUCUAAAGAUAUAGGUAACAAGAAGCUUCCCAAGAAAGUAUCUGCUUCAGAAAUUGGUAAAAUCCCUCCAAUAUCUAGUGAUGUUUUAUUGAAUCCCGGAAAGUCUGCACCAGGCGUAUUUCAUGUUCCUAAAUCUGGCUUGUUUGAGUCGCUGAAUAAGAAAACUGAGGCAAAAGAUUUUGCAAGUGUUUGUCAAAGUAAUAAGAGUUUGAGCAGUGAUAAAUAUAGUGCAAACAAGAAACUAGAAUUCUCUCCCCAUGGGUGUAAGCACCGUAGUCAGCCAAAGUCACGUAGAGUGUUGUAUAAAAGACGCUGUCGGCGACGAUUAACAGAAGGAGAACUACCAGACCUUAAAAGUCUGUCACUCACUGAGACUCUGGAUGUUGGCACUGUUCGCUCAUGUUCACAACAAGCUCGUAGUGCAGACUAUGAAGAUGUUACCAUGGAUGAACUGGCAGCGUAUCUUGAUAACUUCCUCUACCUCCCGAAGAAGAUGUCUCAUAUGGCAGAAAUGAUGUACACAUGAAAUAAGCCCAAUUAGACGUGGUGGGAUUGGUUUAUGUAACUCAAGCUCAUUUCUUUACUGGAAACUUCACGCUGGCAGCUGCUUAAUCAUGGCUUGUACAGUAUAUGUAUAAAUGGCCUUUCUUUACUGUGUAUGGAGUUUUUGAUUACUGCUAUUUUUAUAGUUUGCCUGGCAUUUGGUAGUACAGUACGGUACAUGGCUUGUUGCAGUUAUGGUAUUUUUGUUUGGUAUUUAAAGGGUUUCCUUUUUUAAAGUGUUUCAUAACCAAUGUGGAUAACAAUCUUUUUAAAUUAUGAGAAUAUUAAACAUUCUGAAAUUUUUGCAGCAUGAAAGGUAGAAGAAAAUUGGCUAAGGCUUCCAGAUACAUAGCUGUAUGACCCUUAUGGGUUUAACACUUAUUUUUUAAGAUUAUAGUGAUUCAAGAUGAAUUAUCACCAGUUCUCUGGAUCUUCCUGCAUUAUGUUGAAAAUGGUAUAAAAUACCGACAAGUUGAUGAUUAAGACGUGCAACAGUUGGGUAUCUUUAUUGUUGAAACGUUUUGCCUACACAGUAGGCUUCUUCAGUCAGAUACAAAGGUAGCAGGUGUAGUAGUAAAAUGAAGAUGAUGUCCACCAACCUUGGAGAAAUAGUAUAUGAGGUGGUCAGUCCCUCAGCCUGGAGGAGAGUUCAGCUCCAUGGUCUGGAAUGAUAUUGUUCCAAACCAUGGAGCUGAACUCUUCUUCAGGCUGAGGGACUGACCACCUAAAAUACUAUUUCUCCAAGGUUGAUGGAGUAAUUACAUCAUCAUUUCACUACUACACCUGCUACCUUUGCAUUUGACUGAAGAAUAAUACUGUGUAGGCAAAAUGUUUCAACAAUGAUACGUAAUUGUUGUAUAAAGUAUGUCUUAAUCUUCCUGCAUUGUUGUUUCUUUUUUUUUUUUAAUUUAUUUAAAAGCAGAACUUGUAUUUAGUUUAUAAUUAAACCAUAUACAUUAUUUAUAUAUUUUUUUGCAUUGUAAUAUGAUGGGUUGACACAGUCAGAAAUCAUGGAGGCGAGUUCAUUGCUUGCAGUGACUAUAAGUGUAACAGUUUUUGUAACACACACGCCAAUCAUAACACCAUUUUUUAUUUGUUAUAGUGCUUCUGAUCUUGCUGUGUAAGUUACAGUUUUUAGGAGUAUAUUGAUGCACUAAUUAGAUACUGACAGUCUCUAAUAUGGUAACUUGACAAACUAAUAUACAUGGCAUUGUAAUGGAUAAACCAGUAGAGGAAAGGGAAGAAAAGAGCCCUUCUGUAUUUGUGUUUAUUUAUUAAUGUUGAUCGAUUGCUUAAAUAUGAUCCAAUGCCUAAGAUUUCUGUUUAUCAAAAUUUGAUUCCCUGUUCACAGUAGUUACACAUCUGUUGGUUUAUGAAUGCAUUAAUUGAUAAGACUUUGUUCUCUGAUUAAUCUACUCUUAAAAUAUUUGUGAUUAAAUCACACCAAUGCAUGCCAUUCAUGUUAGUUAUUUUCACUAUAGAAAGUGUGUCAAAACAUAGACCUGAAGCCUAUGUAUGUUAUAAAGCAUUUUUUUUUUUACUGUGGUAAUUGAAUUUUUCUUUUAACCUAUCUUAAUAAUUACACACUUGCAAAUAUGUUUUUUCCUGUAUUUAUAUAGCUUUGCAUGUCACUAAGGCUGUGUCCUGUUGAGUCAUAAUAAACUUGAAUCUAUGUAUUGUAACUUGUCUAAAUCAAAAGGGUUUGCUUAUAUAUUGUACUCAUUCAAGCAUAAGGCAGAAUAUCUUAACAUGUGCACACAUGAAACUGAUCAACUAUCUUAUUAUGAAGGCACAACAGCUCAUUUUGAAACUAGCAUAACCAGAGGGGACAACUUCCAAAACUCUUACUCUUUCACACUGGGUAAUUAUUAUCACUGACCCACUUGCCAGUUAAAGCAGUUUAUCAUAGUGCUCCAGAUUCAUAACUUUCAGCAUGACUGAAGUGCUUGAGUGAUGAUUGGACUUUGUGAUUCUUGAUUCAAAUAAAUACUGUAAAAUUAAUUGUAGAGUCCUGACCAGAUUUCUAUUUCAUAAUUCAGUACAAAAUUUUAUUUCCAGUUGUUAUAAAAUAAAAAAUACCUACCUUUUGCUUCAAAUUAAAACUAUUUUCAAUAGA